CUGAGGCGCCUGUUGGGAACGCCGGCCUACUUCCUGCUCCUUUGUGGGAGCAUCCUGAAGUUCAACUCCUUCAUCGGCCUGUUCACCUUCAAAGCCAAAUACAUGGAGCAGCAGUUCGGCCAGUCCGCGUCCAGAGCUAAUUUCCUCAUAGGCGUGCUGAACCUGCCCGCGGUGGCGGUGGGGAUCUUCCUGGGGGGGCUCCUGAUGAGGAGGUACAGGCUGGGCGUGGUUUCCGGGGCCCAGCUCUCCUUCGCCACCUCCUUUAUGGGAUACCUCCUGCUGCUGCUGCAGUUCGGAACCAAGUGUGAAAACAUCCCCAUAGCAGGGCUCACCGUGUCCUACAACGGGUCCCGGGCCGUCUCCUCCCGCCCGGAGACGCUGUUUUCGGACUGUAACCGUGGCUGCGGCUGCUCCGCGGAGGACUGGGACCCGGUCUGCUCCGAUAGUGGCAUCACAUACGUGUCCCCCUGCAUGGCGGGCUGCCUGAGCUCCAGUGGGAGGGGCAAGAACACGGUGUUCCAUAACUGCAGCUGUGUGGGGAACUCGUUUCCUGUCGGGGGGGGCUCUGUGCGGCUGGAGCAGUGCCCCCCCCCCCGGGGAUGCAGCCGCAGUUUUACCUCCUACAUGGCCGUGUCCGUGCUCAGUUCCUUCAUCAACUCCCUGGGGGCCACGCCCGGAUACAUGGUCAUCAUACGGUGCAUCUCACCAGAUCUGAAGUCUCUGGCUCUGGGUAUCCAGGCCUUGGCCACCAGGACUCUGGGUGGGAUUCCUGCGCCGGUUUAUUUCGGAGCCCUGAUCGACUCGACCUGUUUGAAAUGGUCGGUUAAAAAGUGCGGGGGCCGGGGGGCAUGCCGCAUAUACGACUCCGACAUGUACAGGUACAUUUCAUCCAAAGACUCACAAAAAGAGGCUUUAACCAUAAACUACAACACAGAUGAGAAGAGUCUAGGUUAG